AUGUCAGCCAACACAUUCAACGAGGGAGCUGAUGUGCGGCAGCUUCGAAACAUUGCUCUCAGAGCACAUUUCAAGUCCCUGCUCGAGGCUGGCAUUUGUCCCAAGGAUGCGGAAGAUGAAUGGCACAGGGCGAAACUGGAGGUGUCAGAGGAACUCCCAAAGAUUCCAGUCAUCUACAAGCUCAAUCGUGAAGACUUCAAGCUGUCGGAUGAUUUUGAGGCCCUUGCAAAAGCCCGGGCACCACUCAUUGGCGAGCAUGCUGGUCUCACCUUCACAGAGAAAUACAGAGACAAGCUGAAGCCCCUGCUAACAAUUGAGCGCAGCUGGCAGAUGGCACAAGACCUCUUGAAGGCCAUGAAGGCACAGCUCAAGACCGGCUGCUUUGGCAGCGAAAUUGGAUGGCCAUACAAGUUUCUUGAGAGACAGCUCCAGGAUGCACCCGCCAGCCUGCAGAAGAACGCAGAGAACUACCAGGUGCUCUGUGGAAAGUAUGGGAACAAGAGGGUGGAGGCAUGCGCUGAGUAUCUGAGGUCGGAGGAUGGGACUUGGCUGCGCCGAGUGCAUGCCUUCCCGGACCAUUGGUUCCUGUGCGACAAGUUCCACUGCAUCUUUAUCGCGUAUGCCCGACCCGGCAGCCUUGACAGCGAUGCCUGCAUGUGUGCCCUUGCUGCUAUCAAUGGCGCCAUUGAUCUGGGAAAAUUUGACAGCGAUCUGGAGGUGUCACCUCAGGCUGUGCAUGAGAGGGCCGGUCUUCUGUUUGCACCGGGCGAGGGUCGCCUCGGGUAUUGUCGGCUGGAGGUUGAGUGGGUGCCGGCGCUUUUCGAAUUCAUAAUCGAGGAAAGUUUUGUGGCAGAUGUUCACAAGGGCCCAUACAAUGUGGAGAGAGUUUCCUGGGGACGGGUAAAUGCAGAUCCUGUGUGGUACAUCAACGCGUCUAAAAUUGCAUGA